AACUAACACAUGUAGCUGCUCGGCCAGGGAUGAACGCGGCACCUCAGGAGCUCAAAGUCAGACGAGUUUCCUCCAGGAAGAGGCCCAGAGACGAACAACCGACCCGACUGACACCUGACCUAAAACGAACAGGAGGCAGAAGAAAGUCCUUACAGCAAUGUCCCACAAACAGGAAAUUAAACUACGUCAUGGCUCAGGAUCAACCUGCCGAGUUCUGCAGUGACUCUGAGGACCUGUUUGGAGACUAUGACAGUAUACUGGGCAACAGUUCUCUGUUGGCGGAGCUGGACCACGCAGAACAAAAGGAGAGGCAGCGUGACGUCGUAGAUCAGGUGGAUUCACGUGGGACUCAGUUCAGUGACUCCGUCUUGGACGACUUCCCUGACGAACCUUUGAUAGAGCUGCCGUCCAGUCAGGUCCAGCAGGAGAAACUUGUGAAGAGGAGGAGGCUGCAGGACGUAGACAGAACUGUCUCGGCUGAUGAGAGCGGGGACGCCGUGGAAGAUGGACCCUCGAGAGACAAACGACUCAGAGGAGACGGACACACGGAGGAGGGCGGGCAGGGAGGCCGCAGGGCUCGGAGGAGCGUGGCCGAUCAGCUGAAGGAGAUGAUGCUCUGUAACGCAGCAGCUCCGACGAACGUUUCACGCACGGCUGCGUUGAAGGAAGUUAUCAUUUCGGAGGAGGUUAAUGUCGCCAUGCGGGCCAUGGAGACGGUUUCCACGGAGAUAACAGACCUGGGGCCGUUCUUUGGACUUCCUUCCAAAGUCAAAGACCUGGUUUAUCAACUCAAAGGAAUCAAGAGUUUAUAUGACUGGCAGGAGACGUGUCUGAACCUGGACUGCGUCCAACAGAGGAAGAACCUCAUCUACUCUCUACCCACAAGUGGAGGAAAAACCCUGGUGGCUGAGAUCCUGAUCCUCCGAGAGCUGCUGUGCAGGAAGAAGGACUGUCUGUUCAUCUUACCUUAUAUAUCACUGGUGCAGGAGAAGGUGCGCGGCCUGGCGAGCUUCGGUCUGGAACUGGACUUCAUGGUGGAGGAGUACGCCGGCACCAAAGGCAGGUUCCCUCCGGUGAAGAGGAAGAGCAAGGCGUCGUUGUACAUCGCUACCAUCGAGAAAGCCCACAGUCUGGUGAACUCGCUGGUGGAAACUGGACGUCUGGAGCAGCUGGGACUGGUGGUGGUGGACGAGCUUCACAUGCUCGGAGACGGCAGUCGAGGCGCCAUCAUUGAAAUGACCUUGGCCAAACUCCUGUACAUGAGCAGUCAGACUCAGAUUAUUGGAAUGAGUGCCACUCUGGGAAACAUCAGCGACCUCCAGAGGUUUUUGAAAGCUGAGAAUUACACCAACGACUUCAGACCUGUCCAACUUAAAGAAUACGUCAAACUGAAGGACACCAUCUUUGAGGUGGACCCAAAGGAAGAGAACUGUUUUAAGUUCUCACGUCUUCUCAACUUCAAGAUCAACACAGUUAUAAAUCCAUCCAUCCAUCCAUCCAUGGACUCUGACCACAUCAUCGCUCUGGUCACUGAGGUCAUCCCCAAACACUCCUGUCUGGUUUUCUGUCCCACCAAGAAAAACUGUGAGAAUGUCGCCGUCAUGAUCUGCAAAUACCUGACGGAAGACUUCCUGAAACACAGGAAGUCGGAGAAGGCCGUCCUCCUCCAGGAGCUGAAGGACAGCGGUGACGGACACGUUUGUCCCGUCCUCAAGAAAACGGUUCCGUUCGGGUUGGCGUACCAUCACAGUGGACUGACCACCGAGGAGAGGAAGCUGGUGGAGGAGGCCUACUCCAGCGGCGUCCUCUGUCUCCUCACCUGUACAUCCACUCUGGCCGCUGGGGUCAACCUGCCUGCCCGCAGAGUCGUCCUGCGGUCUCCCUACGUGGCCACAGACUUCCUGAAGAGGAGUCAGUACAAACAGAUGGUGGGGCGAGCCGGGCGAGCUGGGAUCGACACGGUGGGAGAGAGCAUCCUCAUCCUGCAGGACAAGGACAAGGACAUGGCCAGGACGCUGAUGUGCGCUCCGAUGGAGAACUGCUACAGCAACCUGAUGAACGAGGACGAGAAAGGAAUCCUGAGUCUGAUCCUGUCUCUGAUUGGACUAAAGAUCACCACCUCGCUGCAGCAGGUGAAGGACUUCCUGUGCGGGACGCUGCUGUUCGUGCAGCGGGAGCGUCUCUGUGUGAAGCACAGUCUGUGGGACGUGGUGCGGCGGUGUGUCUGCCACCUGCAGGAGAAACAGCUCAUUACAGUGACGUCCAGUUCAGAGGAUGAAACUCUGGAGGUCACCAGGCUGGGAAGAGCCACGUACAAAGGCUCGGUGAAUCUGUCCUUCAGUGACGUCCUCUACAAAGACCUGUCCCAGGGUCUGGAGGGUCUGCUGCUCAACAGUUACCUUCACCUGGUCUACCUGGUGACGCCGUACGACAUGGUCUCACAGUGUAAACCCGACUGGAUGAUUUAUUUUCGACAGUUCGCAGUCCUGUCGGCCGCAGAGCAGAAGAUGUCGGCCUCCGUCGGCGUCCCCGAGAGUUUGGUGGCCAGAAAAGCUGCGGGACAGUCGGUGAAGAAGAGCGACAACAUGGUGGCGUUGCAGCGGCUGUACCUCGCUCUGGUGCUGUUCUCUUUACUGAAGGAAACAAACAUGUGGAGCGUGGCCGACCGGUUCCAGCUGAGCCGCGGCUUUGUUCAGACGCUGCUCACCUCUGCCUCCGCCUUCUGCUCCCGUGUACUGCACUUCACUGAGUCCAGAGCUAAGCAGCUGUACAACGCCGGCUACAAGACGCUAACACACCUGGCGAACGCCGACCCCGGAGCUCUGUCCAGGACCAUCGAAAACCUGUACAAGAAGCAGGCCAAUCAGAUCGUGGCGUCAGCUAAAAUGCUCCUGAAUGAAAAGGCCGCAGCUCUCCAGGAGGAAGUGGACGAGCUGCUGACCACGCCCCCUGACCUGCCCUCCGAGCCCCGCCCCUGACUUGUAUUUAUUUAUUCUUUACACACAGCUUCAUCAUGGCUAUUUAUUGUUUCUUUGGUUUGGAAUACAGAUCGUAUUAAAUAAUUUGUGCCGAUGAA